GACAUAUACUGUUAAAACAUUUUAAUGGGUAUGUUGAUUGUUGUUUAGAUCUGCGAAGUAUACGAAAAAAGUAGUAAAAUAAUCGUUAAAGUGCAUCGGUAUAGUUCCUAUAUAAUCUCGAAAAUGUGGUAAAUGUGCAGAUAAAUAAAAAAAACAAGUGGUGAUAAGCAAAUGUUUAAAUGGAAGCAUCCUCCAUCAUUACCCAGGUGUCAAGAGACGAGGAACAUCUGAAUAAUUAUGCUACAGAAAAAGGCUCUUUAUCUACACAAGAUGGCGGUAACGAACAACUCGCUCAACUUCAACCAUCGUCGUCGACGGCGACGAAGAAGAGUUCCACGAAGAGUUUCUUUCGUUCCUUAUUCUGUUGUCUCCGACCGAAAAAAUCGAAACCUCCCACAUCGGAACAAUGUUUGGACGGUACUCAAUGCGUCGAUCACACUAGAUGCAGUUAUCUACUCAGUCCUCCUAGAGCGGAGGAUACAAACAAAAAAUGUAUGGUUAUAGAUUUGGACGAAACUCUAGUACACAGCAGCUUCAAGCCAAUCAAUAACGCCGAUUUCGUGGUACCUGUCGAGAUAGACGGUACUUUACAUCAAGUGUACGUUUUGAAAAGGCCGCACGUCGACGAAUUCCUCCAAAGAAUGGGGGAAUUGUACGAAUGCGUCCUUUUUACGGCGUCUCUAGCCAAAUACGCCGAUCCAGUGGCGGAUCUACUAGAUAAAUGGGACGUAUUCAAAGCUAGAUUAUUUCGAGAUAGUUGCGUCUUCUACAGAGGUAACUACGUCAAAGACUUGAACAAAUUAGGACGAGAAUUACAACAGAUCGUUAUCGUUGAUAAUUCGCCCGCUUCUUACAUAUUCCAUCCAGAUAAUGCUGUGCCGGUAGCGUCUUGGUUCGACGAUAUGAACGAUUCCGAACUGUUAGAUCUUAUACCGUUCUUCGAAAAACUCAGUAACAUGGACAAUGUAUACACAGUGUUGUGCAACUCCAAUCACCCCUACAACAAUUCUACUCCUUCUCAACUCAACGGGCCGCAGAAUUUGAACCACGUCAUAGGCUCCGUUCAGAACAAUCAUUCACCUGCCAAGACGUAGCGAUCGCUAUUCGUCUUUCAGUUGAUGAUUUGUUAUUGAUUUUUAUUAUUAUUAAUAUUUUUUUUUUAAUUUGCGACACUGUAAGGAGUAGAAAAUGGUAUCGAUGUAAAGAAUUGAUUCAUAUGUACACAGGGUUUUCCGAAAAUUUUGCAAAAAAAUCAAUAAAUUUAUUAUUAUUUUUAUCACCCUAUAUAUAUACAUACCGAUUUUGAAUCUAUAUAUAAUUUAAUUAAAUAAGUGGAUAUUAAAAGUAUAAUAUUUAAUAAAUUUAAACUUGUGACCUUUUGGCUUAGUCCGUAUCUGGUUUUUUUUUAAAUUUUGCGACUUUAGCACGAUGUAAUUCGUAAAUUUCAUAAAUAAACGUAUAAGAAGGAUUUUUAUGAUAUUAAACACCCUGUAUAACUUCAAAUUAUUCGAUUUUAUUUUAUGUAUAUAAUUGAGAAAUAUACGGUUAGAAAAUGUUCGAUAUUCGUUAGGGGGGAUGGGGGUUUUUUUUAAAUAUCUUGAAAAAAAUUUUGGAAAAAAAAUGGAUUUUUUUAUAUAAGAUUUUGACGUAAAGAAAUCGAGAUAAUUAAAAAUAACUGUAGAAUUAAAAAAUUAUUAAAAAUAAUACACUAAAUUUGAAAAAAAAUUAAAUUUAAAUUUUAUAAUUUUUUAAAUAUUUAAUAAAUUCAUAUUAAUAUGAAAUGUUGAUUUAAAACAUUGCCCCCUUUUAGUAUUUAAAAAAAAAUGAAAAAUGUCCAUCCAAAAUUGAAUAUUUAAUUUUUUUAAAUUCAAAUUAAAUUAAAAAAAAUCAUAAAAAUAUUAAAUUAAAUAAAAUUUUAUCGAAAAAAUAGAAAUUUUAAACUUUUUCAAAUUUUUCAAUCAUUAAUUUUCCAUAAGACAUAGAUUUGAAAUACUUUUUUAUUAAUUAUGAAAAUUUUAAAAAUAUAAAAAUUCCAAAAAAAUAUCAAUUAGUCGACUUUUUCAUGUUUUUCAUUAUAUUUAGAAAAAUUAACUUUAAAGAUAAAUAAAGAUUCCAAAAUUUACAUGUUUUUUGAAUAUUUAUACUGCAGUAAAUUCGAAAAAAAAAUUAAACUCAAAUUUUAUAAUUUUUUAAAUAUUUAAUAAAUUCAUAUUAAUAUGAAAUGUUGAUUUAAAACAUUGCCCCUUUUUAGUAUUUAAAAAAAAAUUAAAAAUGUCUAUCCAAAAUUAAAUAUUUAAUUUUUUUAAAUUCAAAUUAAAUUAAAAAAAAUCAUAAAAAUAUUAAAUUAAAUAAAAUUUUAUCGAAAAAAUAGAAAUUUUAAACUUUUUCAAAUUUUUCAAUCAUUAAUUUUCCAUAAGACAUAGAUUUGAAAUACUUUUUUAUUAAUUAUGAAAAUUUUAAAAAUAUAAAAAUUCCAAAAAAAUAUCAAUUAGUCGACUUUUUCAUGUUUUUCAUUAUAUUUAGAAAAAUUAACUUUAAAGAUAAAUAAAGAUUCCAGAAUUUACAUUUUUUUUGAAUAUUUAUACUGCAGUAAAUUCGAAAAAAAAUUAAAUUCAAAUUUUAUAAUUUUUUAAAUAUUUAAUAAAUUCAUAUUAAUAUGAAAUGUUGAUUUAAAACAUUGCCCCUUUUUAGUAUUUAAAAAAAAAUUAAAAAUGUCUAUCCAAAAUUAAAUAUUUAAUUUUUUUAAAUUCAAAUUAAAUUUAAAAAAAUCACAAAAAUAUUAAAUUAAAUAAAAUUUUAUGGAAAAAAUAGAAAUUUUAAACUUUUUCAAAUUUUUCAAUCAUUAAUUUUCCAUAAGACAUAGAUUUGAAAUACUUUUUUAUUAAUUAUGAAAAUUUUAAAAAUAUAAAAAUUCCAAAAAAAUAUCAAUUAGUCGACUUUUUCAUGUUUUUCAUUAUAUUUAGAAAAAUUAACUUUAAAGAUAAAUAAAGAUUCCAAAAUUUACAUGUUUUUUGAAUAUUUAUACUGCACUAAAUUCGAAAAAAAAAAUUAAAUUGAAAUUUGAUAAUUUUUUAAAUAUUUAAUAAAUUCAUAUUAAUAUGAAAUGUUGAUUUAAAACAUUGCCCCUUUUUAGUAUUUAAAAAAAAAUUAAAAAUGUCUAUCCAAAAUUAAAUAUUUAAUUUUUUUAAAUUCAAAUUAAAUUUAAAAAAAUCACAAAAAUAUUAAAUUAAAUAAAAUUUUAUGGAAAAAAUAGAAAUUUUAAACUUUUUCAAAUUUUUCAAUCAUUAAUUUUCCAUAAGACAUAGAUUUGAAAUACUUUUUUAUUAAUUAUGAAAAUUUUAAAAAUAUAAAAAUUCCAAAAAAAUAUCAAUUAGUCGACUUUUUCAUGUUUUUCAUUAUAUUUAGAAAAAUUAACUUUAAAGAUAAAUAAAGAUUCCAGAAUUUACAUUUUUUUUGAAUAUUUAUACUGCAGUAAAUUCGAAAAAAAAUUAAAUUCAAAUUUUAUAAUUUUUUAAAUAUUUAAUAAAUUCAUAUUAAUAUGAAAUGUUGAUUUUGAAAAUUGCCCCACUUUUAGGAAAUUCAGAAAAAAAUGUCCAUUUCAGAGAUAUUUUAUAAGAAAUUAUUAUUUAAAACUUUUUUUUCAUAUUUUCAAGAUAUUUCGUAAAAAAAAUAAUUUUUAAUCUUUCUAGAUGAAAUUCGACAUUUUUUUAUAUAAAUAUUUGAAUAUAUACUAAAAAAAUUAAACCUCAAAUAAUACCCUUUAAAUAUUAAUAAAACUUGAAAAAAUAUUUUUCGACUACCCCCUAUAUUAUAAACAGUAUUAAAUAUACAAUAAAAUCUAUUUUUUUUUUUUAAAUAUUCUAUAUGAAUAAAUGUGCCAAUUUGUUUUUUCGCGAAUUUUAUCUUUCCGACUAUAUACGAGGACUAGUCAAAAAUUCUUGUAUAAAAACUAAUUAUUACUUUUUUUUUAAUUUUUUUUUUUAUAUUCAAUUAAUUCUGUAUAUUAUGUAAAUAUUACGGAAAAGAAAAAAAAAUAUUUUUGUAUGUACCCAUACCAUUUUUGUCUCCUAAAAAUAAUGAUUUUAUAGAGUGUAAAAAAAAAUAAUUAAUUUUUUAUUUUUUUAUAUACAUAUAUACAUAACAAAAUUUGCGUGUGCGGAUGUGUAUAACAAUCAUUUUCGAUUAAAGGAGAAAAAAUUUUAUAAAAUCCCCACAUAAUUACAUAUUACCACGUGACAAUUACACGUGAUCGAAUUUAUAUUCCGAAUUUCGCGAUAAUCAUAGUAAACAAAAUAAUUUAUUAUUUAAUCGAUUUUUUUUUUAAUUUUAAAUAAUUUAAAAAUUAUUCAAAUAUAUUAUAAUUUUAUAAGGGGGUAAAAGCAAAAUUUAAAAAAAAUCUAAAUUAUUUUUUUUAUACAUAAUUUAUUUUGAAUUAAAAAAAAUUUGAUAAAUCGGAUGUUUUUCAAUGUUUUCUUUUUUUCAUUAUUUCUUUUUUGUAAUAAAACUAUUCCACCCAUGACAAAAAUAUCCAUAUAUACGAGGCGUAUUCGAAAAUAAAUCGUAAUCCAAUUAUUUCGUUGUAUAUUUAAAAAUUAAUUAAAGGAAAACAUCCAAAUGAACUGUCUGUUGUCAAAACAAAUAUAUCAAUAAUAUUCAACGUGGACUGAAAUACGUUUAAGUAAAACUUUUGGGCGCGACUUAAUCCCGCGUUUUAUAAAAUCUAGUACCAAUUAAAAAUGUAAAAUUAGUGGCCUUUUGUGUUGUAAAAACGCUAAUAAUUGUAAUAUUCAAUUUUAUACGAGUUUUUUCCGAUAGGUGGCGCCACGACGUAUAACCUUAGUGGCGCCAUCUGGCGACAUAUCAAUUCAAACAAUUUUGAUACUCUAUUGAAAGAUGAAAAUAAUCGCGACGAUGAUUGGUUGGUGUUGGUUUUUUUUUUAUUUUAUUUUAUUUUAUUUUCUAUCGACGAGAAUGUUAACGUAGUUUGUGUUCAUAGUAGUUUCUUAAUCGUCUGCAAAUAUUUUUUUGUACAAGGUGAUAUUUUCUUAUCUUGUAUUUACGAGGGUUGUCUAAAACAAAGGAUUCUACUCUUUUCUAUAUUUUUUACUUUAUUCACCCGUUUCAUAAAGAAAAAAAAACAAAUUUUUAGGUUAGGAAACGUGUAAGGAUCAAAUCUGGUAAAAUAUUCGUUCAAAUCGCAAUAAUAUCGCGGUUUUUCAUUAUAAGGGUGAUUUAUUUUACUUUUAUAAUCAAUUUCCACUUUCCCAAUCGAUAUUUUCUUCGCCCUUUCUUCUAAUCACUAGUUCGAUGAAGAAAAAACCAAAUUUAUAGGUUACGAAUAGUGAAAAAAUCACUGGGGAUCGAAUUUGAUGAAAUAUUAGAUCGAAUCAAAGUGAAAUUGUGAAUCUUAGUUGUGAUGGUGACUUAAUAGUGAACAGGUGAAUUAUUUUGAGAAAAAUUCAAUAGGUCUCCCCCCCCCCCCCCAAAAUUGCAUUUUUCUCAUUCGAUCCACUUUUCCAGCAUCAAUUUCUGGUUUUUAUGUUUUUUUAAUAUUAGAAUCUCGACAAAAUUAUUGGAUGUUUCUAAUCUAUUACCACAGUGACUUUUAUCGUUAAUUGUAUCUGUUUUUAACCUUCCGGAACCCCCAUAUCUUAAUCGAACUGGAUAUAAAUGUAUCUACAAAAAAUUUCGCGAAAGCAAUGAUGCACUUUGAUUAGAAAUUUCUGUUAUUCGAAAACUUUUUAGACAAACCUCGUAACAAUAUUUUCAGAAAAACUAUUUUUCAAAUUUCCUUUUGUUUUUAUACUAGUUUCCAAAACGAAUCGUCUGGGUUAACAAAAAAAUAACCCGUAUUGUAAUUUUUCUUAUUGUUUUAAUACGUCGACAUUAAUUAUACGAGGUGUAAAAGAUAAGUUGUAUUAUUUUAUUGUACGACGAAGUAUCACCCUUAAGUAGUCGAGGUUUGUUCGAUUUUUUAGUUGAAAAGACCCUUAGGUGUCACGGAAUGUGAGAAAAAUCACCCCAAAUUAAUAAUUGCAUUUAAUUUGUUUUCCUAUUUUGUAAAUUUCCUGUUUUUAUCAAAUGUACGUAAUAAUCUACUACGUAGUAGUUGAAAUAAUUUAUUUUUGUUGUGUUUUUGGGGCGGUUUCUCCUAUUAUUCACUAUAUUAGUCAAUUCACGAGACAAGACAUAUUUAAAUUAUUCUAAUUAAGUUUUGCUGAAAAGUUAACAAAACAUGCUGUAAACUAAUGAAAUUAUGUAUUGUAUAUAUAAAUAUUAUUGUAUUAUUAUAUAUUAACUAUGUAUAACUACAGCUGUAAAUACACAGAAAUUUAUUUAUAAUU